UGGCAAGCCGUAUUUAACGUCGUUAUUUUGUUUCGCGACAAAAAGAAACUGAAUCUAUCAAUCUAAAAUUAUCUAAAAGAUAGUUAUUAAAAUUACAUUGGGAUAAAUUUUUAGUUUUUGCGAUCUAUUCAUAAUUUACAAGGUAUAAAAUAUGGAAUGGUCCAACGAGACCGUACUGGAAUUUUUAAAAUACUUCAAAAUGGAACCUGUUAUAUGGAAUCCGAAACACCCUGAACACAAAAAUAGACAUGUAGUCCACGACGCGUGGAAGCGUCUGGAAGAAAAAAUGGACCAUAGAUUCACGAUCAAAGAGCUGAAGAAAAAAAAAGACGCUCUGAUGGCGACGUAUAGGAAGAUCGCGCUGAAAGCAAUGAAAGCGGCUAUGGUUAAGGAGGAACUAUUUAAAACUGAUUGGUUCGCUCACGAGGCGAUGAGUGAUUUUCUGAGCGAUGUUUACGUCCCGUAUAAUAAAGAUGUUAAUUAUUCAGAGGACUCAGGUCCAGUGAAUCCUAGUAGAUGGCGUAUCGAAGAGGAUGAGCUACUUUGUGACGAUUACGAUGAAGAAAACGCGUCGAUAGAAAUCAAAGCGGAACCUCCCAGUCCACCGAGGAGCACCACAAGACCUACAAAACGAUCUAAGAGACUACAGUCUCCUUGCACUCUCCAUGAAGAGCCUGAUCACUCAGAUAGAACGACUCAGAUCGUUAAAUUCGCUAGCAAUCCGUACGGAGAACGGGCUUAUGAGCAAUUCGGCAGAUACAUAGUUUCAGAGCUACGGCUGUUGCCCGAACGUCAGGCAAUCUUGUUACAGCAAGAAAUGCAAGCAUCUCUUACUCGAGUGAAAUUGUCUUGUUUAGAUGGAGAAAGUCCAGACGGCCAUUUUCGUUUUGCCAAUCAAUAGAGAGAUUGACCAAUUCACAGAUGAGAGUUACGCAAAAUGUAAUUUAUGUGGAUCUAAGUUGUCAUACAAGACAACUACAACAAAUUUAAAAAGACAUAUGGAGGUAAAACAUCCCGAAGUUUCAUUAAUUGUUGAUAAAGGAUGGUCUGCAAUAUCGAAUACUCCGACGCAGUCAGUUCCCUUUCCCAAGGAAAAUAGUGAAACAGAAGAUGGUGAAAUCGAUGAGGAUGAGAUCCACUUCGAAGUCCCGCCAUGUGAUAUCAAAGAAGAAGACGACAUUUCACCUGAUACUAUUGAACCGUCUUGCCCGCCCGUCAGAAAUCACAAAAGACCGUCAUCAGUACGGUCAUCAUCAGUCACGCAAGAGGAACGGCCAGGUGAAAAUCCAUUUGAUUUUUUUGGAAAGUAUGUGGCUGCGGAAUUACACCACUUACCCGAACGGCAAGCCAUUCUAGUUCAGCAAGAAUUACAGAAUUGCAUUACCAAAGCCAGAUUGGCAUGUUUGGACUAAAAAUCAAAUUCUCCGGAGGGAGUUGGUGUUAUGUACAUUGAUGUUAGACCUUCUAUAUCUUCGACUUUGAUCGAAUCUACAUGUAAGAAUUCAAACGAUGCAGUUUUUAACGAUUGUAAAAAUUCAGAUUAAUAAAAAUGUGUUUGAUUGUGUUGUGAUAGUAA